AUGUAUCAGGGUGGUCAAAGACAUGUCUCGAAUAAUGAUCCGACACGUCCAUUCCAGGUGCCGCCACCGCCGCCGCCGCCAUUGUCGUCGCCUCCGAUGAACGGGCCGCAAAUGGGCAGCAUCAUGAACGUCCCCCCGCCGCCGCCACGAUACCCUCCUGCACCACCUGGGACUGCGCCUGGUGCCAUGAUCCCCCCGCCUCCUGGCCCUCCUCCAUCCGGCCCUCUUGCUCAGCAGCAGCAGCAACCAUCAUGGCAUGGUAAUUACGGUCGAAUGUAUGAUGGCCGAGGAGGUUUCAAUCUGCCUCCACCGCCACCCACACAAGGCCAGCACCAACCUUACAACCCGAAAAUACACGCUCAGAUGGCUGCCCGACAACAUGCCAUGGCGAUGCCUCCACCUCCACCCCCAAGCGACGCCAUGAGCGCGACAUAUAUACCCAGCGCGAACUCGUACGGUGAAGGAGUCGGCAUCCCAGGCUUCGGCGGUGAAGAUCACUUGCUAUCAGAAUCGUCCCAAGCACUGUCAAUGCCGGAAAGUAGCGCUGCGUCGGUGCUCGAAGAUUCUUCUUCCAGAACGCAACAAUACAUGCACUCAACUGCACAAGUUAGAGGGCUUGCCAGUGGAUCUGGCAUAGCAGGUGCGGGACUUAUUCCCCCGGAGAUGGCUGAGCAGUGGCCCUUGGACACGGUGCUCAUUUGGCUGGCGCAGAACAUGUUCUCGAGAGAAUGGCAGGAGACUUUUCGAGCGCUGCAUUUGUGCGGACAGCAGUUUCUGGAGCUCGGUAACCCGCAUGGACUGCGCGGAAACCACAGCAUGAUGCAUCAGCAAGUCUAUCCCCGACUGGCGCGAGAGUGUACUCAAAAUGGCGUGGCCUGGAACCAGCCUGCAGAGCGCGGGGAAGGCAAGCGAAUGAGACGUUUGAUUCGAAGUAUUGUGACAGGUGAGCCUGUAGAGUCCUCCAAAUCCCACGGCCGACAAGACUCUACCAAUAGCGGGCAGAGCGCCACCAUCGCAAGCGCGAAUACCGAACCGUCUGAUUCCCCAAACACCCCCCUCAACCCCCCCGGACCGGGCUUUGCUGCUAGACGGUUUUCGCAAACAAGAGCGACCACGAUGCCCACACUGAAUACCGGGACAAUGUCCAGCUCGGAGGGCGGCCACCGACUUGCGCUCAAAUUGUCGGAAAGCGACACAGGGCGGCCCGGGACUUCGGUUAUGAAGAACACAAUAAGCGAAGGGGCACUUUAUCGUGGCACAGCGCAACGCUCCGAGAGUCCAACUGCAAAUGGAAGUCCCGUUCCACAGCAGAAAAUGUUUACGUCUGCGCCCAUGACCGCGUCCCCCAACUCUGCCAAAUUCGGUCACCGCUCUAGACACAGCACAGAUUCUGUCUCUUCCAAUGCUGCUAUCUAUGGGUCCGGCGUCCCUGCUGAUGCGGCAAGUAUGUUCAGUCGAGGGAUGAGUAUUGGAGACAUUGUCGGCAGCCGUACGCUGGACGGCCGCUCCAGCCACUCACCUCACGAAUCUGGGGAUCGUUCUGCCGGUACGGAGCCUGGUUCGGGGAAAGAUUCCAAGAGCUUUCUCAGCUUCAUGCAUCGAAAGAAAAAGCAGCGUGAUGAGGGCGCGAUACCGUCUCCGGACGAAGGAGAAUAUCCACACUCACCCAACAGUGCCCCCAAGACCACAUCGCUAGGUGGUCGUGAAGCGCAUGCCAGCGAUGCAAACCUUGAUAACAGCAGCCCAACAAAAUCCGCCCGGGUAUUUGUGCUAGCAACUUUUGACUCCUGGAACUUUCGAAUGUGCGACAUUACCCCAGCCGACUCAGCUUCGGAGAUCAAGCGAGCAAUAUGUUUGAGCCUGGGUAUCAAUGACUCCGGCAAUGCUCGACUAUUUGCAACGGAGCUUGGGCAGUUUUCACACAAAGAAGAGUUGAUGGAUGAUCAGAUUGUCUCUUUCAAAGAAGCGCAUCCAAAACAAUCAACAACGUUGAAAUUCUUCGUGGAUCUCAAUGGAAGUAACAAUAACAAUACAGGAACUGAAAAUGGUCCACUGUCAUCAAAUCACUUACCGCCCGGCAUGGAUGAGGAAGCGUACGCGAAACUGAACGGGUCUCGGCAGCGAUCCAUUUCAUCGCCACCGACAUCGAGAUCCAAUACCACAUCGGAGAGUAGAGUGGACGAAAAAACACUUGCGCAAGAGGCGAGCGAGUACCGGGCCGAAAUGGAGCGAAAACAGCGUGAAUAUCUGGAGAAGCGAAAACAGGCCAACAAGAAAGGCAGCACCCCCAAUACUCCGGAGCUAGGGACUGGAUUUGGCAUCGUUGGACGGAAUGUCGAUUUCGACCAACCUCGAGACUCUCCAUUUGAGGACAGGAAGCCCUCUGAGCACCUAUUUCCCCAGAGGAAACCACCUGCACCACCGAGCGACCCUUCAGCCACACUGCUCAAGGCCAAUUCCCUUAAGAAGCCUGGACAUGCCAAGCGUAGUUCUGCUGCAGGUCUGGACGGAUUCCCCAGCCCAAGACGCCUGAUUACCUCUAACACCGACGGUCCGGACGGGUUGAAGAGCCGCCAGGCUAGCGGACAACCACCGGAUGGAUCCGAAGGUAUCGGGAGCGCCUUAGCAGGAAUCGGCCGCCGCAUGGGUGCUGUUGGGCAGUCAAGCGCCAACGGUCCACGCUCUGUCUCCAGCAUGGCAAACUUGCAGUCGAGCAGCUCUGCUGGUGGUCUUCAACGCUCAGGUAAGAAGGGUUCGCCAUUCGGUCUUGUCAAGGAAUCAGCGUCAGGGGGGCUUCGGGCCAGUGGUGGCACACGUAAUUUGACCUGGAGCCCUGGCAACAUGUCAUUUGCUGUGCCUGACUACUCACCUGGCGGUACCCUCGUCGCAGUGCCAAAGACCGCUCACGCUAAUGAUCAACGACACUCAGUAGGAGUGCAACCGCCAUCAUCAUCGGAACUGAGCCCAAGCACUCUCAUGCCGAAGCGGUUUGACUUUGACUCUGCACCUCAUCACCCUCAACAAGGCAGCAAUGCUGUUUCUCGCAAGGGCUCAGAAGUCAGCUUUGCGACGCCGGCGGCAACAAAACGCGCUGUCCCCGCCAAUGAUGACAGUGAUGACUCAGAUGAUGGACUCUUCCAGAUUCCCCUGGCUGGGCGUGACAAAGACAAGGGUAAGGCCAAGGCUGGAGCUAGUAGCAAGCGACCGAGCAUCAUUGUCAAUACACAGCGGCCCAAGAGCAAGGUUGUAUCCGUGUCGUUUCAGUCGCCUCAGGCAAGCACGACUACUGAAAGCCUAGACGAUGGCCGAAGCGCCAUGAGCUCACGACGCACACCUACAACGCCUGGAUCGAGCAAUUUUGAUGCCGAUGAUAAAGUGUCUCGGCGUAAAUCAUUCAUCGAAAAGGAUGUGUGGGCCAAUCGUCCCCCUACGGAUGAUCUGUUGAACAACCUCGACGAUUUCUUUCCGAAUUUGGACCUUGAUGAGCCUGUGCUGGAAGAUAGCGCAGGGAAUAACUUGACCGCUUCGCCUAUCGUCAACGAGACUGACGCCGCGGGGCACCAGCGCAGCGCGUCGAACAAUUCCGCUCGCGAGGAUACUUCCAAUAUGCCGGCGGCAAUUCCACCUUCAAGACAGCCAUCACUUUAUGGAGAAGCAGACACGCUCGGAUCUGACGAAUCGACGCUCAAGGCGUCUGACCGACCGAUGUCUGCACAGGGUGGAGGGUCCAGAAGCCUCAAGCGAUCAGGCGGUCUUGGCAGAAUGAAAUCCAUCAGAGAAGUGGCGCGUGGUGCACAUGAAGCCAACAAGCGGUUUACUACAAUGUCACAAAGUGCAAGCAAAAGCAACUCGAACUUGAUGCGACGAAAGAGUACCAAGAUGUUCAAUGCCAACAUUGUGCAGAUUCGGCCUGAUCAGCGCGGUAGCGUGGCGAUGCCCGAUAGUGGUGGACUGGAAACGGGGCUAAAGCGACAGACAACCUUCCGUUGGUUCAAGGGUCAGCUGAUUGGCAAGGGCACCUAUGGUCGGGUGUAUUUGGGUAUGAAUGCCACGACUGGAGAGUUUUUGGCGGUCAAGGAGGUCGAGGUGAAUGCAAAGGCAGCUGGUGGCGACAAAAACAAGAUGCGAGAAAUGGUUGCGGCGCUAGACCAGGAGAUUGACACUAUGCAACAUCUGGACCAUAUCAACAUCGUGCAAUAUCUAGGUUGCGAGCGCAAGGAAACGAGUAUCAGCAUAUUUCUCGAGUAUAUUUCUGGUGGCAGUAUUGGGUCGUGUCUGCGAAAGCACGGACGUUUCGAAGAAUCGGUGGUGUCGUCGCUGACGCGUCAGACACUGUCAGGGCUGGCGUAUUUGCACCGGGAGGGUAUUCUACACCGAGACCUCAAGGCGGACAAUAUUCUGCUGGACUUGGACGGCACGUGCAAGAUUAGCGAUUUCGGCAUCUCGAAGAAGACUGACAACAUUUACGGCAACGAUAAGACCAAUAAUAUGCAGGGCUCGGUAUUUUGGAUGGCGCCAGAAGUGAUUCGAUCGCAAGGCGAAGGGUACAGCGCCAAGGUAGAUAUCUGGAGUCUUGGGUGCGUUGUGCUGGAGAUGUUUGCUGGUCGUCGACCGUGGAGCAAGGAGGAGGCAGUGGGAGCCAUUUACAAGAUUGCGAAUGGAGAGGUGCCGCCAAUUCCCGAGGAUGUGGAAGAAUUGAUUCCCCCGCUGGCGGUGGCGUUUAUGGCGGAUUGUUUCCAAGUGAACCCUGGUGAAAGACCGACGGCCGAAGUGCUAUUAUCGCAGCAUCCUUUUUGCGAAUGGGACCCGAGCUACAAUUUUUACGACACGGAACUGUACUUUAAGAUUAAAGACUCUUACAAAUCGUGA